AUGAAGUCUUUAUUAUUAAUUCUUAUUUCCAUUACAAGUAUUUUAACAUUACCAACACCUAUUCGUCGUAAUACAAAUUCUCCAUUAUGUAUACCAAAUACAUGUAUACUUGAAUCUGGUUUUUGCUUUUGUGGUAGAGAAGAUACUCCAAAUGAUCCAUGUUGUAAUUUCCGAUGUCGUACUUGUCCAACUGAUUUUAUUCUUCCAGGAAUAUCAUUUGAAAUAGGUCCAAUGAGCUUUUUUCCAUUGGGAUUAGGUACACUUAAUUUUACAUCUAUUGGUCGACGUUAA